UAGUAAUCCAUGGGAGGCAAAUAGUGUGUCUGAGCUGUACCUCUGAAUGAGACACAAGGAGCUGCACUGCAGUGCUGUGGACCAUGUAAUGUGGCACAGGGUUUGCAAUGGACGGGACAAUGCUGACACCAGGACAGGAAAAGCCACAGAAGCGGGUGAGGUUCCGUGUGGCUUCAGGGAACAGUGGUCGGGUGCUGAAGGAGAUGUUCAAAGAUGAGGGGCCUUCAGACUCACUGGAUUCAGACUGCACCAGCAGCUCUGAUGCUGAGAGGGCCAGCACCCCCUCUACAAGCGGAGAUAUACAGGGUCAUCUGUAUGGAUACCUGGGUUCCGAGCUGGAUGACAGCGAGUGUGAGCCUGAUGAUCUACUCAUGUAUGCGGGGACCACGAAGGACUGGAUGUUCACCACCAAGAGGGUCAACAUACUCAGUAAAAAUGGGACUGUGAGAGGGGUCAAGCACAAAGUCAGCGCAGGUCAGACGCUGUUUGAAAACCUUCCAAAUUCUAAUGGUAUGGAGUUAUCUCUGGAGUUUGGGCGGAUAGUGAUCUACACUACGAGCUUCCGUGUGGUGAGGACAACCUUUGAGCGCUGUGAGCUGGUGCGGAAGAUCUUCCAGAACCACAGGGUGAAGUUUGUGGAGAAGAACAUCGCCCUGGAUUGUGAGUACGGGAAGGAGUUGGAAGAGCGGUGCAAACGUGUGGGAGAACCUCCUUCAUUACCAGUGGUGUUCAUUGAUGGACACUACCUUGGGGGUGCUGAGAAAAUACUUGGCAUGAAUGAAUCAGGAGAGCUUCAGGAUCUUCUGACAAAAAUUGAGAGGGUACAGCAUCCCCAGACGUGCCAGACCUGUGGGGACUUUGCCUUCAUCCCAUGCCCAAUGUGCCAUGGCAGCAAGAUGUCCGUGUUUCGCAACUGCUUCACGGAUUCCUUCAAAGCUCUCAAGUGCACUUCCUGCAACGAGAAUGGCCUGCAGCCAUGUGGGAGCUGCAGCCAGUGAGGAUGUUAAGUGCCUGACCCAACAUUCAUACUUCCUUCUGUGGAACCCUAAACAGGAGCUUCAACUGGACUACAACACGGGCAGGGAAAUAAAUAUAACAGGAUUCUUCUUCCACGGCCAUUGUUCGACUAAACUAAUUUGUAAUAAAAUCUCUGAAUUUGUGGAACUGGUAAGCCUCUAUGUAAUUCAUGGUAAGAAUGUGUUUGUUCAAAUAUGUUAAUUCUUUUUGAUCCAAAACAAAUAGAAGGCUUCUGCCAUUG